AUGAUGCCUCCUGCAAGUCAACUCGUGUACUUUAGUUAAUAGAGGUAGCUAGCUGAAAUAUUCUAGCCGUGUUGUGUUGCAGAACGUGGCGUGGCAGCCUGUGGCACUCGUACAUGUCACCUGUCUCGUUGGUCUGAAGGGUCGUUCACGUUCAAACUGGCAGGGCGACCGAGAAUUGUACUUUUUGUCUAUUUUGAAUAGACACAUUUUAGCGGGCGGUUUGUUUUCCCUCCCUCGAUAUCUUGUAGGCGAAAGUUGCGAGCCCUUACCUCCUCACCCCCCAAAACCACAUUUAAUACAGCAUGGUCAUGGCUGACAAUCACCAAAAACCGAUAUUCCGGGGUCCUGUCCGAGUGGGCUUCUACGAUAUCGAACGUACUCUGGGAAAGGGUAAUUUCGCCGUUGUAAAGCUGGCUAGACAUCGUAUUACCAAGACCGAGGUUGCCAUUAAAAUAAUAGACAAGAGCCAACUAGAUGCUGUGAACCUGGAGAAGAUCUACCGGGAGGUACAGAUCAUGAAAAUGUUGGACCACCCGCACAUCAUCAAGUUGUACCAGGUAAUGGAGACUAAGAACAUGCUCUACUUGGUGACGGAGUAUGCCAAGAACGGGGAGAUUUUCGACUACCUGGCCAAACACGGGCGACUGAGUGAGCUAGAAGCGCGGCGCAAAUUCUGGCAGAUCCUAUCAGCGGUGGAGUUCUGCCACAAUCGUAACAUAGUCCACCGAGAUCUGAAGGCUGAGAACCUGCUGCUGGACGGACACAUGAACAUCAAGAUAGCAGAUUUUGGCUUUGGGAACUUCUUCCAGCCCGGGGAGCCCCUGGCCACAUGGUGCGGCAGCCCCCCCUACGCCGCUCCGGAGGUGUUUGAGGGACAACAGUACGAGGGCCCCCAACUGGACAUCUGGAGUAUGGGGGUGGUGCUGUACGUGCUGGUGUGUGGCGCCCUGCCCUUCGAUGGCCCCACCCUGCCUGUUCUCCGACAGCGCGUCUUGGAGGGUCGCUUCCGCAUCCCUUACUUCAUGACAGAAGACUGCGAGCACCUGAUCCGGCGGAUGUUGGUGCUGGACCCGUCCAAGCGUCUGUCAGUGGCUCAGAUCAAGGAGCACAAGUGGAUGGCACUGGAUGUGCUGGUGCAGAGGCCCAUGCUGUACCAACAGGAGGGGGACCUGAGCGUGGGCGAAUACAGUGAGCAGGUUCUGCGACUCAUGCACAGCCUGGGCAUCGACCAACACAAGACCAUCGAGUCGCUCCAGAACAAGAGUUACAACCACUUUGCUGCGAUCUACUACCUGCUGGUGGAGCGUCUCAAUGCCCACCGCUGCAGUUUCCCUGUGGAGCAGCGGCUUGACGUACGCCAGCGCCGGCCCAGCACCAUCGCCGAGCAGACUGUCGUCAAGGUAACCCUCUCUGUCUUCGUGGGUCUCCUGCCCCAUGGGGUGCGGGGUCUACUACGCUCCCCAGCGCUGUCCCAAGCCUCUGAUGCCUUUAACUUCCCACAGUCGCCGCUUCUGCCCGAGCACAGCUUCAUGGUCGAGGAUGUGGCCACUCCUAAAGUGAAUGGCUGUAUGCUGGACCCCCUGCCCCCCACAGUGCUGCGCAAGUCCAGCGUGUCGUCACCCAGUAACAUGAUGGAGACGUCCAUCGACGAGGGCAUAGAGACGGAGGAGCCCGACGCCGAGGACGACCCCGCCCACUUCUUCUCCGCCUUCCAGACGGCCCGCUUCGGCCAGCGCCGACACACCCUGUCCGAGGUUACUAAUGAGCUGGGCCCCGUCAUCAACCAAGAUAAACUGUUCACCAUGGGCCACAACCCGUCCCUGGGCAGUGUGGACUCUGACAUGGGCUACGACAUGGGCUCCUUGCACAGUGACCUGGGUCUGCUGGAGGACGAGGUGGUCCUGGCCAACACCCACAGCUCGGGGUCCCACGUGACCCAGGGCCCCUUCAUGAGCCAGCGGCCCCCCAACCCCACCAUGCAGGCCCUGAGCUCCCAGAAGAGGGAGGCCCACAACCGUUCUCCCAUCAGCUUCAGGGAGGGCCGCCGCGCCUCCGACACCUCCCUCACACAAGGUCUGGUUGCGUUCCGGCAGCAUCUCCAGAACCUGGCACGGACCAAAGGCAUCCUGGAGCUGAACAAACAGAUGUACGAGCAGAUGGGCUCCGGGGAGGAGGGGCUCCAUGCAAACCUGCAGAACCUGCUGGACCCCACGCUGCAGGGUGAGGCAUCUAAGCACGAGGAUAACUUAGCUUUAUACCAUGGCGGUGCCCAGCCUCUACUGUCCCGAAGACAGAGCCUGGAGACACAAUAUCUCGCACACAGACUACAGAAAGCUAGUGUUAUGGCUAAUGUGAGUCCUGCUAGCUGCCAGCUCUUCUGUAAGGAGAAUCCUCGGAGUCUAGAGCAACAGCUGCAGGAGCAUAGGUUGCACCAGAAGAGGAUGUACCUCCAGAAGCAGACCCAUCUCCAAGCCUACUUCAACCAGAUGCAGAUAGUGGAAGGUUCCUAUCCAGGGGACCCAGGGGCAAUACACAAUCCACAGCAGCAGGGGGCCAUGGCUGGGGCCCAUCAGCAGCAGGGCAGCUCCCAGGCCUCCCCUCCCUACACCCAGGCCCUCAGUCCCUUCAUUGAGCCCAGUGCCAACCUGGUCUACGACCACUACCUGGCCCAGCAGUACCCUCACUCUCACCUCAGCCCAGUUUUAAUGCCCCCUGCCCUGGCUGGCCAGCUGCAGAACCAGCACCCCGAGGCCCUGGGAUACAGCUACCAGCUGUGUGACCAGCAGGGCCAAUUCCACACUCCGCAAGAGGCACUUUAUCCAGAGCAAUACGAGUUCCACCUGGACCCCGGGCAGCCGCACCGGCCUGGCCCAGGAGAGGCCCCUGUUGCCGGUUAUGAGGGGCUGGCGUUACCCACCGAGCUCCAGGACUCCUUUCUGGACAGCGAGAUGAUGGAGACUGUAGACUCCCAGCAUGGCUUCCUACUGGUGAACUGAAGCCGGUAGAACUGUGGGGAGAAAGCAGUAUUACCGACAGUUGAAAAUCUACACAGCAUCAUGUCGUAGAUGUCAUGGAGUGGAGUUGGGGGUCAAGGUACAGGGGAAGUGUUUUUUUUUGUAUCAAUGAAUACUAUUUUUUUUAGUUGUGGUGAACCAACCUCAGAACCUUUCUACCAAAAUCCUCCCGAUCUCUGUUCCCAUCAGCCCUAUGCAAGGACCCAGGCCUGGAGGCUGCCUGGGUGAUGGGGGUGUGCCAGCAUGGAUGGCUGGCUGGGUAUGUGUGGAUGGAUGUUGCCAUGAUGGGGGGUGUCACAUGUGAAGUGAUAUCGCUCCGCAGGAACACAACUGCCUCAAAGCUGACUGCAGCCGUAGCGGCCCCGUCGAGAACAAGUGCUGGACGAUGCAAGAAAACUUAGCACAGUCUGGUUGUUUUUGGAAGACGUGCACAACGGAAUUUGGCUUACCGAAAGCACAAACCAAACGACAAAGAUGCUAUUUUGUAUUGAAGUAGGCCAAGAACUCAAAAACACAUUGAGUGUUUUGAAGUAGUAAAAAUAAUAAACGAACAAGACAAAGUAAUGAAUUAAUGUGCACUUGAUAAGUGCAGUGUUAGUCAAUAUUUUAUUGUAGCAAUAUUGAAUCAACAGGCUUUUUCCUAACCAGAAAGUCAUACUUUAAUGUGUGGUGUUUUUGGGGAGAAUUCCAGUAUGAUGACUCACAGCCAACAUAUCCACAGUGACCGCUCAUCACUGCGUAGACCAUGAUGAGAUAAUCCCCCCCACUAAUACCAUCGCAGCAGAUAACAAAAUGAAUUGUAUAAAUUGGCUAGAUAUUUCCAACAAACUACACAAAUCAGUUUGAGGCCCUUUGCUUCACUAGGAGCUAAAAGGAAUACAGUGCCUUGCAAAAGUAUUCAUCCCCCUUGGCGUUUUUCCUAUUUUGUUGCAUUACAACCUGUAAUUUAAAUGGAUUUUUAUUUGGUUUUCAUGUAAUGGAUAUACACAAUAGUCCAAAUUGGUGAAGUGAAAAAAAUUACUUGUUU